ACCUUUCUGCAGUUUCCAUCCAGUUUAUCUCAAACCACCAACCAACCAACCAACCAACCUCCUACCACAGACAUGGCAGCCCCUACAGCUUGGAAGCCCUCAGGUCGCAGAGACCCCGAGACCGAGGCCGAGGCUCAGGCCUGGAUUGAGGCCGUCAUCGGUCAGAGGUUCCCUCCUGGUGUGCCCUACGCUCACGCGCUGAGGGACGGCAUCAUCUUGUGUAAGCUGAUGAGCUGUCUACAGCCUGGUCUCAUCACAAGGAUCAACACCCAGGGCGGAGACUACAAGAUGAUGGACAACAUCAACCAGUUCCACAAGGCAUGUGCCAAGUUUGGUGUCCAAGAUGUGGACAUGUUCCAAACAGUAGACUUGUGGGAGUUCAAGAACAUCAACAACGUCACCAAGACGAUCUACGCCAUCGGCAGAACCUGCUACAAACACCCGGAGUUCCGUGGACCAUUCCUGGGACCUCGGCCUGCUGAGGAGAACAAGAGGGAAUGGACAGAGGAACAGCUCAGGGCUGGAGAGGCUAUCAUCGGACUGCAGGCGGGCACCAACAAAAUGGCUUCCCAGUCCGGACAAAACUUUGGAGCUACUCGCAAGAUCCUUCUGGGAAAAUGAAGAAUUAAUUCCAAAUCUUAACAACAAAUCACUCAAAGAUGUCCAUUUGAAAAAUUGCAUCCUAAGUGUCUGUAAAAAUCUGGGCAAUGUAACCAUAAACAAAAAUGUAUUUAUUUUUAGUCUAGGUUAGUGAGAGACUUAUUUAUUUUUGUAUAUAAUGCACCAUGUAAAACUAAAGAACAUUUUAAACAUUAUAUUUAUCACUCAUUUUGCUAAAUGAUCAUUCUAAUAAAAUAUCAAUAUUAUAAA